CCUCACUUCACUUCACUUGCACUCUACAAAUUCUCUUCUUCCACAAUUCCACUCCAAAGAAACGAGAAGCCAGCAAUUCUCUCAAGACUUUCCAAAUCUCUCCUUACUAUCACUUCUACCCGUUCUUCGCUACAAUCCCCCGCAACAUCAGCAACAAUGGUGCCUCCCCCAGGUGCCGAUUUCCUGGCCUCUCUCUGCGGCCUUUUCGCCGAGGCGGCCGCCAAGAAGAAAGACACCAAGGCCGAUGAGUUCGCCUGCUUCCGAGGGCCUCUCGUCAAGUUUCUCAUUGACUGUGGCACUAUGCGAGUUGCCCGAGCCCGCGCCAACUGCAUCCUCAAGUUUACCGACGACAAGAGACCCAUGACCGACCUCCAGCUGCCUCCCUGCACGAUGAAGAUUGAUGACGAGACCCGGGCUCAGCUAGACACGGCGUCUUCCGGCAACGAGUUCAUCGAAAUCCUUCAAGCCGAGAUUGAGAAGCAGGUGCCCCAGCGUAGCCGCAAGCCUCGCUCCACGAAGGCUCAGAUGGAGGCAAGGAAGAUGGCCAAUGUCACCAUGGCGGCCAUCAGAAAGGCCAAGGCUGCCGCCAUGAAGGCAGCGAAGCAGGCCGCGAAGAAGGCCAAGAUCGAGGCCAAGAUUGCCGCCAUGAAAGCACCCAACAAGACUGAGUCCGACAAGACCGAGUCCGCCAAGACCGAGUUCACCAAGAUCGAGUCCGACAAGAUCGAGCCCAAGAACAUUGAGUCCAUGAAGAUUGAGUCCACUGUCGAGUCCAACGAGGCUGAGCUCCACACUGAGAUCAAGAGCACCGAGCCCAAAAUCGUCGAGCCCAAGACAGAGUCCAAGCAACCCACCACCCCUGUCCGCCGCCGGAUCAUUCUUCGGGUCAACAAGAGUUCGUCUGCGACUGUCCAGCCGACAGAAUCUUCUUCUACCACUCCCACCACUGAUGGCCUCAAGGCCGCUAUCAACUCUGUCGAGGACAUCACCCAAUCGAGCCCGACCAGCAUGACUUCUUUGUGUUCUUCUCCGGGAGAUGAUCAGAAGUCUGAGGUGUCUGUCGAGACAGAGGCGUCAAGUGUUGAAGACGAAAAUGAUGCCAUCUCCGUUCAGAAAAAGGAGUCGGCCGAGCAGGAUGCGAGUGUGAGCGACGUACUGAUGCAGGACGUUGCUGUUAUCAAACAAGAGUAUCCUCUGAGCGAGAUGAACCUUGCCCAAGUCCCCAGCGCCGAUACAUUCGUGCCAAAGAAAUCCAUUGACCCUGCUGAUGAGGGCGGCUACGGCGAUUCCUCUUCGGAUUCUUCUUCGGAUUCUUCCUCGGAUUCCUCUUCCGACGAGGACGAGCCUGUGGUCCCACAAGACAUCAUGAUGAAGGAUGUUACCGCCAACAAAAUCUCGGAGCCAGAGCAGCCGGACUUGGUUGCGAAGAUCAUCGACUUGAUGGCCAAUGAGGGUGCUUCUGAGUGGGAGGCUUACAAGAAAUCGGCGAUGAACCUGGCCUUCCCCAGUUCUGGUGUUGCCCUCCCCGUCACCGACCGCAUCUCGCAGACACUAAAGUUCUUCAUCGACAACUCCGUCAUCACCGAUCUCGAGAUGUGGGCCCAUUACAAAAAGAGGUUGCUUGAACACGCCGCCACAUGUGCCUUUGAUCAACAACACAUUGACGAUCGCCGGAUGACCUUCGUCAGAAUCUGCUACCACUCCGAGGAAGCAAUCACUCACAGUAGCAAAUGGGGCCGUGGUAUCAACUGGGAGAGACGUCGCGUUGCAGUGCGUAUCUGCGCCAUCCUUUCUGAGGUGACGGCGGCCGUGGACGAGGAUUUGACCAACAACGGCAUCGCGGACUGGGUUGCGAAUGUUCUGGACGAGCUUGCGUUUAUGGAGCUGAUGCAGGGCCCCCAGGAGAGCAUGUAUGAGAUGGGAGAGGACGACAUGGACUGGGACGAGUGAAGAUGCAAAGGUUCAGACGGAUGAAGCUGGCAGUUGACUGUUGAUUGAUGCGCGCGAGUGAUGAUUGAUGAAACAUGAUGAUGACGAUGACUUUGGGAACUGGACAUGGCGGAUGCUACAAUGGAUAAGGGACAUGACACUUGCUAUCAUAGAGUACUGAACGGAACGGAGACAGAAAAUGGAAUAUCGCUCUUACUUCACCUCAUAAUGUGUCUUCGUGCUUCAUCUUGUGGUUUGUG